AUGUCUUCGAGCCCUGCUAUAGACAAUCCGCAUGUUACUGAUCCUCCAGCACCAACUAUCGAAUCCAUUGCUCAUUUUUCUACCAUGGAUUCCGGCAAACAGAGCACUAUGGGUGAAGGUCUCAAUCGGUCUUCUGGUGAAAGGGAAAGAAAGACGGGGGAAUUCUCCAGCAACCAUGAGGAGGUUAGUGAGAUCGAUACAAGGGUAUAUUUAACAGGCGUGAAGUUGCAUCUGAUCACAGCGGCCUUUUGCACAACUCUCUUUCUCACGAACCUCGAAAUCCCGAUCGUAACAACCUCAUUGAUCUCCAUCACUGGCGACUUGAACUCCUUCAGACAGAGCAGCUGGAUUAUAUCUGCAGUCAAAAUGCAAGAUGAGAGGAACGAGAUAGAAGAUGAGCGAGCUCUAGGGAAUCUUACAUCACUGUUUGUGCCCAUUCCAUGCAGGCAGAGAAAACUCAUGUUCACGAAUCCAGGUAGGUUUAAUUUAGAAGACAAUGACCAGAUUGAACCCAAGCGACCAUAG